AAUGGCGGAUUGUAUUUAUAUGUAGAAAUUUCCACAGCAAGCAGAAUCCUUAAAAAGUUAAAAACCCUCUAAAACCCCAAGAGGGGUCCGAGAUUUCGCCGGCGAAUAUGGCCCAAACCGACGAGGUUCGGUUCAUCUCCUCCGCCGUUAAGCUUCCGCCGUUCUCGCCGCCUCUGUGCCGCCACUCCCUCUUUUCUUCCGCGCGCAGCAAUUUCGCCAAGUUGCCCUUCAAUUUUAAUUUCAGUCUCGACUCUCAGUCUCAGCCGAUCAAUUUCAUCUCCCAAUUCUUAAAAAACCAACCUUUCUUCCACCGAAAUGUCACUAAGAAUCGCAUUUUUAACUUGGGUUUUAAGAAACCCCCGCUCUUCUGCUCCGCCGCAUUAGCUUUGUCCGACUCGGAUUCCGCGCAGUCGAAAGGCGGAGAUGAGGCGGGCUCGAUGAUUCAGUACAAGGGCGAUGAGUCGGGGUCGGUGACUCAGUCGAAGAAUGUGAGCAGUAGUCGCGCCACUGAGGAAGAGAGGGUUCUAAUUAGCGAGGUGUUGGUGAGGAACAAAGAUGGGGAGGAGCUCGAGAGGAAGGACUUGGAAGCCGAAGCUCUCAACGCCUUAAAAGCUUCGCGCGCGAAUUCUGCGCUCACGGUCCGUGAGGUGCAGGAAGAUGUGCACCGGAUUAUUGCCAGUGGCUAUUUCAUGUCUUGCAUGCCCGUCGCUGUCGACACCCGCGACGGAAUUCGGUUGAUUUUUCAGGUAGAGCAAAACCAAGAGUUUCAAGGGUUGGUGUGUGAAGGAGCUAAUGUUCUUCCCACGAAGUUUAUAGAGGAUGCAUUUCGCGAUGGAUAUGGAAAAGUUGUUAAUGUAAGGCGACUGGACGAAGUAAUAAACUCCAUUGAUAAUUGGUACAUGGAGAGAGGUCUUUUUGGCAUGGUUUCAGGAGUGGAGAUUCUUUCUGGAGGUAUUGUUAAAUUGCAAGCCUCAGAAGCAGAGGUCAAUGAUAUCUCCAUACGUUUCCUUGAUAAGACUGGUGAGCCAACUGUUGGAAAAACAAGGCCAGAAACAAUACUCAGACAACUCACGACCAAGAAGGGGCAGGUCUACAGUAUGAUUCAGGGGAAAAGAGAUGUCGAUACAGUUCUCGCAAUGGGUGUUAUGGAUGAUGUUAGUAUUAUUCCUCAGCCAUCUAGUGAAAUUGGCAAGGUUGAUUUAGCAAUGAAUGUUGUUGAGCGUAAAAGCGGAGGAGGAAUUUCUGGAGGUGGUGGAAUAUCAAGUGGAAUAACAAGUGGGCCUCUAGCUGGACUAAUAGGGAGCAUAGCAAUAUAUCAUAAAAACCUCUUUGGACGGAACCAGAAAAUUAAUCUAUCAUUAGAGAGGGGCCAGAUUGACUCCAUAUUUAGGAUGAAUUACACUGAUCCUUGGAUUGAAGGAGAUGAUAAGAGGACGUCAAGAGCUAUCAUGAUACAGAAUUCAAGAACCCCAGGAACACUAGUCCACGGAAACCAACCAAAUAACACUGGUCUUACAAUUGGGCGUGUCACAGCCGGAAUUGAGUAUAGUAGGCCAUUUAGGCCAAAGUGGAAUGGAACAGCUGGACUAGUUUUUCAGCGUGCUGGUGCUCGCGAUGAAAAGGGAAAUCCUAUUAUAAGGGACUUCUUUGGCAGUCCACUUACAGCAAGCGGAAACUCUCAUGAUAAUAUGUUACUUGCUAAACUCGAGACUGUAUAUACUGGCUCUGGUGAUCCAGGUUCUACUAUGUGUGUCGUGAACAUGGACCAGGGAAUCCCUUUGUCUCCAGAGUGGCUAGUUUUCAACAGAGUAAAUGCUCGCUCUAGACAGGGUUUUGCUGUGGGACCUGCUAAAUUUCUCUUUUGCCUGUCCGGUGGCCGUGUGGUGGGUAAAUUUCCUCCUCAUGAAGCAUUUCCGAUUGGUGGAACUAAUAGUGUUAGAGGCUAUGAAGAAGGGGCCGUUGGAUCAGGUCGCUCAUAUGUGGUUGGAAGUGGAGAAAUAUCAUUCCCGGUGAUGGGGCCGCUAGAAGGGGCUAUAUUCGCUGACUAUGGAACUGAUCUUGGUUCAGGACCGACUGUUCCAGGUGAUCCUGCUGGGGCAAGAAAUAAGCCAGGAAGUGGAUAUGGAUAUGGUGUAGGUGUUCGUGUCGACUCUCCUCUGGGUCCGUUAAGGCUCGAGUAUGCAUUCAACGAUCAGAAAACGGGCCGCUUUCAUUUUGGCAUCGGACUCCGAAACUAAGGUCCUUCAUCCUUGUUUCUUCUCAUGUCUUGGCAUUCUCUCAUUCUUAUAUAACCUUCAUUACAUAGUGCUAGAAUCUCAGAGCUUCUGUUUCCAUGUUCUAUUUUUUUUACAUAAUUGUAGUAUUAAUGUUUUUCUUGUUGCUGAAAAUGGCCUUAUCUUGGAAUUUGAUGAAUGAUCAUUGAUGAGAAAGGAUUUGUUCUUUAGUAUUUUCA